AUGCAGCGGCGCCAUCGAAGCAGCGACGAGUCUGGCACUCCCAGUUCUGCCAUCUCAUCUACCUUGCAUAAAGAUAUUGACCUUACGAGCCGAUUAUCCGCCUUACUUGAUGCUGCACGAAAUGAAGAGCUGACAUUCGAACUGCAAAUCCUUCCCUCAGCAGAACCCCAUGAAGUGUUGAGCCGGGUUCUAUCGCCAAGUUCCGUUGUUUCUACAGCCUCCUCUUCCACAUUUUUCUUCAACGCACAGCAGGUGACUAUCAAGACAAAAUGGAUCUCAGCUCCAAUAAACGAGGAUUUCUCUGCGAAUUCAAAGCUGUACUCCGCAAGUUGUGGAAAGAUCUAA